UUGAAAAUGUAUCAAAUGUUGUUUGUAUGUGACGUGUAGCAUUUCUUACAAGAGAAAUCCUGAUGUAGUACUUAUCACCAAUAAAAAAAUCAGAAUUUAUCUUCAACAUGGGACAAAAUGAAGACGUUAAGUAUCCAAUUUGUGUGCAAGAAUCAUAUGGUGUUACCCAUCGUCGAUUAUAUCAAUUAAUUCCUACCAAAGAUGACAAGCUUCUACAAUGUACCAUAAAAGACGUCAGUAAACAGUGGCAGUCACUUACUAGUUUUUUUAUGACAGUAUUUCUUCCACAUGGAUAUCCUGAAAGCGUUAGCAGGGAUUAUAUUCAGUACCAAAUUUGGGAUAGUAUUCAGGCUUUUGCAAGCAGUAUAUCUGGAAGUCUUUGUACUCAUGCAGUUCUAAAAGGUGUUGGUGUUGGUGAUGAAAGUGCUUCAGUGCUGUCUGCAACUAUUACUUGGCUAAUAAAAGAUGGAACAGCAAUGAUUGGAAGAAUUGUUUUUGCAUGGCUGAAAGGGACAAAACUAGAUUGUGACUGCAAAAAAUGGAGAUUAUUUGCUGAUAUUCUGAAUGAUAUUGCAAUGUUGAUGGAUAUAUCAUCUCAAUAUUUUCCGCAUCACUUUACAGUUAUAAUUUCUGUUUCCGGAAUAUUCAAAUCAAUAGUCGGUGUUGCUGGAGGUUCAACAAGAGCUGCAUUAACUCAACACCAGGCACGGCAUAAUAACAUGGCUGAUGUGUCUGCUAAAGAUGGAAGUCAAGAAACAUUAGUAAACCUCUUAGCUUUAGCGUUCAGCUUAGUAAUGAUUCCAAUUGUUACUAAAAGUUUAUUUCUGACUUGGGUUGUGUUUGGAGCAAUGACUACUGUUCAUUUAACUUCCAAUUAUUUCGCUGUCAGAUCUGUAGUGAUGGAAACAUUCAACAGUGCACGCUUUAAAAUUUUUACCAGACAUUACCUAGAAGACGGAAUUACACACAGAAAUUUCUUAUCAGUAAAUGAAGUUAAUCAAAGAGAAAAUGUUUUCUUUUCUUUUCAUCCAAAAAAAGUUACCAUAAACUUAGGCACUUCAUUCCAAAAUAUUAUUAAAAACAAGAGAUGUGAAUAUGUUGAAAAGCUGUUGACACUUUAUAAGGAUUGUGAUUAUCUUCUAAGUGUUAAUAAAAAGAACAAUUCAACUAUCAUCAACAUUGCUCUGGGAAACAAAUCAUCUGUAAAAACAGAAAUGGAAGCAUUGUAUCAAAGUUGCUUUGUAGAGCAUCUAAUGGAAAACCUGCAUUUGAGUAAACAUUGGAUGAUGCUGAUCUUUAUUUGGAAACUUCUUCAAGAGAUUAUACUACAAAAACGUUUGGUGAUUUCUUAUCUGUUGUGAAAAAGAAUGGAUUUAAAAUUGAUAAUGCUGUUUUUGACUCUGAUAUGUGGAGGAUAGAAUGGUAAAUUUCCAUUUACAAAAAUAUAGUUUUAUUUUUCAAUGCACAAAUAUAGUUUAAUAUCUGUUAUUUUGUAUAUAUACUGAAAUAAAAUAUUUUAUUAAUGGAUAAGUUGCUUUUUUUGUGU